AUGAUCCCACCAGUGUUCAUAUCUCGCAAAAACAAGAUCCUCGCUGAUCUUGCGACCCCAGAGGAAGACUACUCCGAUCUUUCCCCCAAGGGCUCCGUUGACGAGGGAAUCCGAGAUCUGAUUCAGGACAUCAACAAUAUUCCCGGCUUGGUGACAACAAGCAGUUGCGCUGGUCGGAUCAGCGUGUUCUUAGAAGGGAGAAAGGCCCCAAAUCGGCCGGGGCCUGAAGAGGACGCGCGGGAAGGGGAGCAAAGGAAGUUCGUACCCUCCGGUGGCAAAGGAGCCGGGAGAUGGCUGUAUGUCUCGCAUGAUCCGCUGGACAACCAAGAGGGGAAGUCUUUGCUUGAGCUGUUUGGAAUGGUUCCUGGAGAUGGGAAGCCACCGGGAAUGGAUGAUGGUCACGCCCCGCGGCUCGUACGCUUUUCCUGGGAGCCCAUGAUCCUCCAUAUCAUGGCCGCAACACUCCACAACGCGCAACCAGUCCUCUCAGCGGCAUCAAGCUCGGGCUUCCGCGAAAGUGGCCUCCAGGGUCUUCGAUGCCUGGUAGAAGGUGAAAACGGGCCGAGUCCCAUCGUCGCUGUCCGAUCAGCCGGCCUAGCACUGGAGUCUGUGAUAGGAUACUAUGACGACGUCAGCGACGUUGUCAGAAGCUUGGUGACGGAAGAAUAUCUCCAGAUGCUAGUCACGAUGGCGAAUGAGCGGUUUUCGGUGAACACUGAGCGAAAGCAACGAUUUCGAACGGCGCUUCUGAAUAAUUGCUCCUCAGAAAGCUGCAAAAAGCCGGAACGGGAAGACCCACAGAAACGAAAGGAGCGGAUGAGGGCUGAAGGGCUGGCGAGGAAGAAGAUGCUUGAGAGCCAGGCUACGAAGGCGAAGGCUAAUGGUCAAGACACAGAGGACAACGAUGAGGCAGCAAUAUGGGAUUCGUUAGAUACAUAA